GGACGACCACUUGCGAAAAAUAACAUCCUCAACGUCAACAAGAAAACAGAAUAUGUCACAUAGCUGGAACACUCCGUCACAAGGACAGCAGGGAGGAUUCAACAAAUUCGCAAACGAUGGCAGUUUUAUGGACAUGUUUAGAAGGAAAAUGGAAGAGGAGAAAGAGAAAAACAGUGGGUCGCAGUCGACGAACACAAAAAUGACAAUGCCAUCAUCGUCGUCAACGUCAGCUCAGUUGAACUCAAAGGAAGAGCCGAAAUCGACAACGAACAAUGGGACGCUUCCAGCCUCCGAAAAGCCCAGUAUCUUGUCUUUUGUUGGGAAAAGACGGGGUGGAAAAGUUCUGAAAACUGGAGCAGUGAAGAAGGUCCGGAAAGAGGAAGAGAAGACGUCAGAAAGUAAAGACGCAUGGGCUCUAUACCUUGAUGAAGUAAAGAAAUACAAAAGUCAGAUGUGUGUUGAUGAGGACAAGACUAGACCUCUUGUAAAGUAAUAAGUGCAAGAAGAAAUUUCGUUAGCUGAAUUAAUAUUUAUAGGAGGGCAGAGAUUUGCCAUUGGCACAGUCUUCCUUUGAAUACUUGGCGUUACCAUGCCAAGUUAAGAAUUCCCCUCUUGAAGAAAGGGUCAAGGGGCACACAUUCUUCAUUUUGACUCAAGGCAGAAUUUAGUGAGGUAUAUGUUUGUAAUAUACAAGCUAUUAAGAAACUCCUGGAACAUAAUUUUGGUUGACUAGCAUGCCUUCUUGAAAUUUAUCCUAAGCAACUGAAUAAAAUCCAUGGUAUGAAUACAUUUACACAAUUUGAAAUAUGGCGUCUUGGUAACUUUGUUAAGGAAUUUGUUAAAGAGUAUGAUAAGGCAGUGGAUCACCCUGUGAGUUACACAGUGGAAAAGCAAAGAAACAAGGUACCCUAAAUGACCCUAAAUUUCGUCCUUGAUUAACUUGCCCUUCCUCAUUCAGUGAGUUCUAUAGAUUUUAGAAAGGUGUUUUGAGGUUUGCUUGGAACAUGGGAUGAUGUUUACUGAAAAAUUGUAAGUUUCAGAACCAAGAAUAAUAUUUUUCUGACAUUUAUUUGCCUCUAUAAAUGCACUUUUGUGGGCAAAAUGUUAGGCCAUUUAGAGUAGUUCACAAAGAUGUAAAAUGUGGUUAGCAUUCAUGUGGAAGUUUUUAGGGCAAGGGCUAAAAUAGUGGUGAAGAAUGACCCCAGUUAAAAAAUAUUUUGUCUUGUAACUUUCUGUUAAAAUAGCUCUCAAGCUUUCUGAUUGACAAUUUUGACAUUAACAAGAAAAUUAUAUUUGAUUAAUUUUCUGUUUAUAUACUUUUUUGAUGACAGUUUUUCAAAACAAAAGGUAAAUUUCAUGAUACAUUUUAUUUUGACAUUUUGGAGGAUGUUUACCUGUAUUUUACCAGUGGCUAGAUUUGAAGUUUCCGUGAUACUGUUCAACCAUAACAGAGUAGUUAGAUUAUAGUUUGUUCAAGGUUUCUUUUUACUUUCAAGAUGCUGGCUGGGGUGUUACUAGGCGCAUGUGUAAGGUGAUAUGGGCCAUACAAUUUGACAGUGGCUCCAUUUCGCAUGUUAAAGGGUAUCAUUUCUUUUAUUCUGGCCAUUUACCUGUCUUGUCAUACAAUGUCUUUAAUCGUAAAAAAAGGUUUUGUGUAUCAAGUUGUUUUGUGAAUGGGAUGAUGAGGUUGCAUUGUUUUUAUGCUAUGGCCAUGGGACUCGGCAGAUUAGAGCUUUGGUAACUAGUGCCAAGACACAAUCGUGGAUAAAAGGUUAGAGGCUGAGCCACAGAAAACGUAAGGAACGUGUGCUUGUGUGAAAAUGGGUGCUGGAGUGCAGGGGUGUUGAUGUGAGGGUGUUUGGGGGGAGGUGGGUGGAAGAGUUUUCUGUACAAGUGUAUACAUCCGAUAUGCAUUGAAAUGUUGGAUCAAGUUGUUUUGUAUGCUCAUUUUAUAGAUCAUUUUUCAGAAAGACUUCCUGGGGUGUGUUCUAGUGAUUUUGUUUUUGAUAUGUCAGUGUGUUGAUACAGCUGUCACCUUCUUUUACCUCUACCCGUCUUUCUUUGCCCAUAUUUGUGCCGCUUACAUUUAACUGUGCAUUGGAGGAAGUUGAAAUACAGAUUUCUCUUUCUGCCAGCCGACAAUGUAUACUUGUCGCCAGUUAUCUUUCAAAAAACUUUAUUUCCUCGGUCUUUUGAUGGAUCUAAGCCAAUACGUGUAGACCCCAGCUGUUGUAACACAAGGUAAAUGCUCAAAACUGGGGAAAAGUGUGAACAUAGUCAAUAAAUAUAUGAGAUAUGAGAUGUGACGUCCAUUCUGUAUAUAAAUCUUCAUUUUCAGAGGGUACAUUUACAAAAUGAAUAUUCUUGUUUUUACAACGUUACGGCAUUCUGGCUUCACGUCCUUAACUCUGAAGCUCGGAGCGGGGUUUUGCUUAGAUUCGCGCUCAUGAGGUCCAAAUUCAACCUUUUCAUUGAUUGUUUUGGGCAGAUUUUCGGGGAAUAAAAUAGGUUUAGAAACUUGUAUUAAAAGUAAAACCAUGGCGAUAAAGCAAAUAUUCUGGGACUUUGUCGGAAACUCAAGAAAAUGUGCUUUGUCUGGUUAUUGAAGAAAUGAAAUAUGGUGAUGUUCAAACUGCGAUCGUUUAAUCCUGUAUAUUUGUCAAAUUUCGACUUUGUUUAGACGAAACCAUGCCUCAAAAACCACACUUCUUUGGAUGAGUACGAUGCGUCCUUGCUACUCAUUAAUGUAGCACAACCAUGCACGGAACAAAUAUUUGUAAAUUUAUAUACCUGUGUGUAGUUUAUUAUUGUGUUGUUUAAAAAUGUAAAAAAAGACCAUCAUGCUUCUAGUUGUUAACCACUGUUAUAAGUAUUAAAUUGUAUAUAAAUAUUAA